GUCCCCCCCGUUCCAGUUGUCCGAAGCAGGAAUUACAUAGGAUGGAUUCGUUUGAGCUGAAUGUCAGAAGGGAAACAAGCAGAUUUGGACAGAAUGGUAAAAAGUAUUAUCUUGGUGGCUUUGAUUUUAAAAUUGUUGGAUAUAUCUAUUGGACAUUUGAGCAAUUAUGCAAGGCUUUUUGUGAUGAGUAUGCUUGGGGUAGUGAUGAUGACGUAGAAAUCCAAUACUAUGACAAGGUUGAGAAUAAGUUUGUCCAAGUUAGUUCCGAUGCAGAGUUAACUCUUAUGUUUGUGAAGAAUAUGGAGGAUAGGUCAAUAAUUUUGCAGAAUGAAGUUGUUAUCAGAACAAGAGCACAAUGUAAUCCUAACCAUCCUGUCACUGCCAAUACAUCAGUGCAAUCCCAAGCUUCUUGCAAUAAAAGUCAGCCUAGCAGUACUACAAGUGAGCAUGUGAGGUCUCAAGCUUCUGGUAGUACUGUGCAGGAUGUUAUAGUAGAAGAAAGCUUACCUGAUCAGUUUGUUUCUUGUGACAAUGAUGAGAGGCUUUAUGCAGAUCUAGUUGAUAGGACCAACAUAGAAGGUUGUGAUGAAUUAAUUGCUCAAUUUCAAGAAACUAAUGAUGAAGAGAAGGAGGAGAACAAUGAAAUGGGUUUGGGUGAGCUUGUAGGUGAUGAAGACCUACCAGUGAUUCAUUAUGACAAAGAUAAUCCAUCUCUAGAUGAAGGCAGCACAUUCCCAUCAAUGGAUGAUUGUAGGAUUGCACUUGCUACUUAUUGUAUUCGGGGUGAAUUUGAUUUUGUGAUUGACAAGAGUGAGCCAGGUAGAUUGACAGUGCACUGUGCAUACAAUAGGUGUAGAUGGAGGAUGCAUGCCUCCCCUAUGAGGAAUAGCACAAUUAUUCAGGUUAAAGUGAACCCGUUUCUUCAUACAUGUCCAAGUGCUGAGAGAAAAGCCUCAGUUAAGGUAGCUAAGAGCAGAUGGUGCGCCGAUGUAAUGCUGAAUUGGGUUAGGGAGAACCCUUGCAUUGGUACAGCUGCAUUGGUAAGGAAAAUCUAUGGGACAUAUGGUAUUCAGGUGCCUUACAUGAGGGUGUUCUAUGGUAAGAAAAUGGCUCUUGACCGAAUUAAUGGUCCGUGGAAGGAUAGUUUCAAGUUGGUGUACACAUUCAAAGCAGAGGUAGAGAAGGCAUGUCCAGCAAGUGUUGUAGAAAUAGAUAGGCACACGGUGCAAUACAAGGUGAAAGGAAAGACUAUGGAAAAGGAGUGCUUUAGGAGGGUGUUUGUUUGCUUCAAGGCAUGCUGGAAGGGAUUUCUUGACGGUUGUAGGCCGUACUUGGCAGUGGACGCAACCACUUUGAAUGGGAGGUUUAGAGGUCAGUUAGUCGCUGCUACUGCUAUUGAUGCACAUAACUGGCUAUUUCCGGUAGCUUAUGGAGUGUUGGAGGCAGAAUCAACUGAGAGUUGGAAAUGGUUUCUCCAGAACUUGCGGCAUAUGAUAGGGUUUCCAAAUGGGUUGGUCAUACACACAGAUGCUUGCAAAGGCCUGGAAAUUGCAGUUGAUCAGGUGUUCCCUGGAGUGGAGCAUAGAGAAUGUAUGCGGCACCUUGUUGCUAAUUUUGGGAAACUGUUUAAAGGAAAACUGUAUGAUGACAACCUAUGGCCAUCAUCUUUGACAUAUAGCUCAAAGAAGCAUAUGUACCACCUAAGGCAAAUGUUCACAAAGCAAGAAGUGAAGGACUUCCUAGAGAAGGAUCACCCCAAGAUUUGGGCUAGAAGCAAAUUCAAUGAAAUCUGCAAGGUUGACUAUGUCAACAAUAUCCUUGCAGAGUCGUUCAAUGCAUGGAUAAGGAAAGUCAAGGGGUUAAAUUUGGUGGAUAUGUUGGAUAAGAUCAGGCAAAUGCUGAUGUCCAAGUUUUCCUUGCGUCAAAAAAUUGCAGCUGAAAAAUUUGUUGAUCACAAAAUCAUUCCAGCUGUGAUGAAGCCCUUGCAUGCUAAAACCAGAUCUUUGAAAAUGACACUGAAUAAGCGAAAGCCUUAUGAGGCUGAGGUGACAGCAAUUGACAAGGAGAACAGAGAAUGGAGGUAUCCCGUGGACUUAGAAAAGAGGACAUGUAGUUGCAGGCAAUGGCAGAUUACUGGGCUACCCUGCAUCCAUGCCUUAUUUUUCAUUACUUCUCUUCGUGGUCCAGCUGCAGAAAUUUAUCAGCACGUGCAUGAGUAUUACUCAGUUGCCAAGUUUAAUGCCACAUAUGCUGAAAAAGUGCCUUCCAUGGAGGGAAAACAACAAUGGGAGGUCGUCAAUCCAGGUUUCGUUCUACACGCUCCACUUCAGGGAAGAGCACCAGGAAGGCCAAAGAAGACUAGAAUAAGGUCAAGUGCUGAGGGGAGGAGUGGACUUGGUCCAAGGAAGCGUAGAUGCAAGAGAUGUGGAGGUUCAGGACAUAUUGCAAGAACUUGGAAAAAUGCUGUUGAUGCAUCCUUUGGAGAAGAUGAUCAUUGGGGGGCAGAAAAUGCACAAGAGCCCCCAGCUGAACGUGAAGCGGAGCCCCCAGCUGAACAUGAAGCGGAGCCCCAAACUGUGCCCUCUAGUGUUACAUGUGUGGCUAGGGAGAAGAAAAAUAAGAAAGUAAGAGAGGUGGGAAGCACCUUCAUUGAUAUACAGGAGCAGUCUAGGAAGAAUAAAAGGAAGAAAGGCAGGGAGGUGGCAAGCUUCUUGCAGACUUGA